UCUGACAGGCAUCAGACAUGCUGUGCCUUCUAGUGCCAUUCCGAUCCAUGUCUAAACCCAUCAUUUAAAAUAAAGCAGAUAUAACAAUUGCAACAAAUUUGAUUUACCUCUCCCUAGCAUUCCCUCCUGAGGUAAAUAUUCCCCCUUGGAAAGGGAGAAGCUUGGCAUAUCCCUGGGUCAGUGGCCUAGUGACAGCUUUGUGGGACACCCUGUUAACAACCAGAAUUUCAUCCUGCAUUCACUUCCUGAGCCAGCUGAAGCCAGGAGCAUUGCACCAGCAACUAACUGAAUUAGAGUGCCAGAAAGUCUUGUACCCCUGUCCGGUGGGAUGCUGCUGCUUAUUAGGGAUAGGUGGAUUUCAGAGGCACUUAUGUAUCAUCUUCCCCUCACUUCCACCAACACUCAUGCAUUUAAUUUCCUUCAGUUCUAGUUGCAGAAAUACCCCCACAGCAGGGGUCCUGGGAGCUGCUUCUGUUGUCAUUGGUGCUGGGUAGAAGUCCCCUGCUGGUUUUAGCCGUGUCCUUUGGCACUGGCAGUUGCUGGAAGGAACCUUGCCAGAGGAACCUGCUGUCUGGAUACAAGUGGCUCAAGUAACCUCUUUAACUUAGCUAUUAGCCAGACUCUUUCUCCCUGCCCUUUGCCCUGUUUGUUUUAUAUUUUCUUCUGUUCUGAAACUUUCCCCUGUGCUUGAGUGGCCUGGCUGUGAAGCACUGCCUUUGGCAAAGUCUCAAUAGAGCCAUGGUUCCCGUUUAGUAGUUCCAUUUGGGCCAGUUACAGUAAACCAGAUUAAUAAGUGUCAGUGGGAGAAACAUGGGAUGCUUUCUUCCUUAUGCCAUAUGGGGCAUGAGAAUAAAUAUCAUCCCACAUCCAAAAAUCGAUACCAGCCCUUUGUCUCCCACUUGAUGCAAUAGAACACUUUCCAGCCAGUGGUGCCCCUUCCCCAUUUAUAGAGCGAGGACAUUGCCACGGACUCCAUAAGAGAAGAGAAGUCACAGCCAAAGAUGAAACAGGACAUAUCUUUAAGCACCAGAUGGGAUGGCAGCAUAAGGUAGUGAAGGAUACACACAGCCCAUGUAGCCAAGUCCCUGGGUCUUCUCUGGCAUAUUGCUGCUCUGUGAUCACUAUAUUUCUUGUACUAAAUAAAGUUUCUAGGACUGUUUUAAUGCACUAAUCACUAUAAUAGCAUCCUUCAGACCAUGGUGUGUAGGCUGUAGACAGAAGUCAGUGCAGGACACCCCAGCCUGCACCCAGAACAGGCAGUUCCCCAGGAAGGACCGUUUGUGCCUAGUGACGUUUCUUCAAAGUGGACUUCAGGGUUUUACAAAAUGUUUCAGACUGUUAAGCUCUAAUGAGGACAAACUGCACAGCUGCCCAUGCAGGCCUGGUAAUUGCACUAUUAUCUUGAGGAGCUGAACUUUCAAGUGCCCCAGUGUUUGGAUAAGUGCAGCUGUGUUAUGUGCUGAAGGAAAAAUGUUUGGUGAAAGCAGGGGAGUGAGGAGUGAAGUUAAUGAUUAUCCCUUUGCAUUCUGGGACCCAGGCUCCUGCUCUGCCCCAGCCAGAGUGGUGGAGGCUCACAAGGCAGCAUGGUCCCACUCUUUCCUUUGGCUGUGAUUGUGGGUCUGACAGGCCCUGCCAGGAGCCCAAAGACAGAACCUCUGAGUGGCUCCAGUGAGCAGCCUCUCUUCCGUGGAGCUGAUCGCUAUGAUUUCGCCAUUGUUGUCGCUGCAGGUGGCACAGAGUGCUUCUGGCAGUUUGCACAUCAGAGCGGCUACUUCUACUUCAGCUAUGAGGUACAACGGACUUCGGGAAUUGGACAUGACAGACAUGUCUUGGCCACUGCAAACGAUCCCAGUGGCCUCCAAAUGGGCACAUCCCAGGAUGUACGAGGACAGAUGAACUUCCCAACCAAAGAGACAGGUUUUUACCAGCUGUGCUUGAGCAAUCAGCUCAACCAUUUCGGUGUCGUUCAGGUUUAUCUCAACUUUGGUGUGUUCUAUGAAGGCUUUGACCUGCAAAACUCAGCAGGCAUGGAAAGGAAGAAAAUUAAUGACACGCUGGAGGCAAUUGAGGAGAGCACCCGUAAGCUGCAGGCCCAUAUCUUCCACAUGUGGCGCUUUUAUAACUUUGCCCGGAUGAGGAAAGCAGCUGACUACUUCAUCCUUCAGUCCAACUAUAACUACGUGAACUGGUGGUCACUAGCUCAGAGCCUCCUCAUUGUCCUCUCGGGUGUCCUGCAGUUGUAUUUCCUAAAGCGGCUUUUCAAUGUCCAUCCCACUACUGCCACCAACAAACCGAGGUGCUAAGGCCUCUGGCCUACACCGCUGCUGGACCCAUGCAGCAGGAAGGACCAAAGGACAGGCCUGUAACACCGCAGAACACACUGAACUCCAUCUCAUCCUUUCUCCCCUCUGCCUCCAUGGAAGAAGGGGAGAUCCUGCCUGUGGAAGGAGCGGGACAGGGAUUUUUCAGGAACAGAAUUCCCCUCAAUGCCCUAGAGUCCAGCUGGCUCUUUAUUCUCUACUCAGCCUCUAGUACAAGAUUCAUUUGGGGGAAGGGAGAGGGGAUGGUUCACUGCUAGUUUAGGCCUAAUCUGCCCAAUGGUCUAAUAGUGAAAUGGCUUGAAAAUCAUGUUCACAUACUAUAAAUAA